AACCGCAGCUCCUACUUACGGCGUUUCCUGGUGAUUAUAUCUAUCAUUGAGAGGGCCGCCGGACACUCUGCUGAUCCAUUCCAGUCGAUAUAUCAGAGCCGGCCAGAGACUCAUCAUCAUCGUACGUAGUUCAUUUAUAUGAUGGCGGCCGCGGAUUCCGGCAAAACCUCCGCCUUGUACGUCGAUCGGCGGCUGGAAAACGGAGAUGCCGGUGGUCUGAAGAAGAACGUGGACGACGACGGAAGAGAGAAAAGAACCGGGAGUUUGGUGACGGCGAGCGCGCACAUCAUAACGGCGGUGAUAGGGUCGGGGGUGCUGUCUCUGGGAUGGGCCAUAGCUCAGCUGGGAUGGGUGGUGGGUCCCUCCGUCCUCGUCGCCUUCUCCGUCAUCACUUACUUCACCUCCACUCUCCUCGCCGACUGCUACCGCUCUCCCGGUCCCGACAACGGCCGCCGCAACUACACCUACACCGACGUCGUCCGUUCUCAUUUGGGAGGGUUGAAGGUUACACUGUGUGGGCUAGCUCAAUAUACUAAUCUGGUCGGAGUUACGGUCGGAUACACCAUUACUGCUUCCAUUAGCAUGGUGGCGGUGAAGAAGUCAAACUGUUAUCACAAGGAGGGGCACGGGGCGGAUUGCAGCGUGUCGAACUACCCGUACAUGAUGAUAUUCGCCGCCGUCCAGAUCCUUCUAAGUCAAAUCCCCAAUUUCCACAAGCUCUCGUGGCUCUCCAUUCUCGCCGCUGUCAUGUCCUUCGCCUAUUCCUCCAUUGGCCUCGCCCUCUCCGUCGCCAGAAUCAUCGGGAACCAUAUGAACCACCACGAGGUAAAGACGAGCAUAACAGGAGUGACGGUGGGGGUGGAUGUGACGGGGGCGGAGAAAGUGUGGAGAAGCUUCCAAGCCAUCGGCGAUAUUGCCUUUGCGUACGCCUACUCCACCGUCCUAAUUGAGAUUCAGGAUACGCUGAGAUCCCACCCACCAGAGAACAAGGUGAUGAAGAAAGCAUCCUUGAUAGGAGUGACGACCACCACCGUGUUCUACAUUUUGUGUGGCUCCAUGGGAUAUGCCGCAUUUGGAAACAAAGCCCCAGGCAACUUCCUCACAGGGUUUGGCUUCUAUGAGCCCUUUUGGUUGGUUGACUUCGCCAACGUCUGUAUUGCCAUUCAUCUCGUUGGAGCUUACCAGGUUUUUUGCCAGCCGAUAUUCAACGUUGUGGAAUCAAAAUGCAACAAAAAAUGGAAAGAUAGCAGAUUCGUGACGGUUGAUCACGAGGUUAGAAUCCCCUUCUUGGGAGCUUACACCAUAAACAUGUUCAGGUUGGUGUGGAGAACCACAUAUGUGAUCGUCACGGCAUUGAUAGCCAUGAUAUUCCCCUUUUUCAAUGACUUUUUGGGCUUGAUCGGAGCAGUGUCCUUCUAUCCCUUGACCGUUUUCUUCCCCAUUGAGAUGCACAUCGCGCAGGCAAAGAUACCAAAGUAUUCCUUCACAUGGAUAUGGCUGAAGAUACUGAGUUGGACUUGUUUGAUCGUCUCCCUCGUUGCUGCAGCUGGUUCCAUCCAGGGCCUGGCUUCUGAUGUCAAGACCUACAAACCUUUCAAAGCUCAAUAAUGAUUGUUAAUGAAAUGUUUCACCCAUCAAUCCCAAAUGUGGAAUGCAUAUACAUAUGUGCCAUGUUUUCAAUAAAACUACAUGCAUGCAAAUAUCCUGCAAUUUCUGCUUGUGGAAAUGGUUUGUGCAAGAAGAUGCUUAUAAAAGCCACUAAACCAAUUCAAGAGGUAGAAAAUACAUUCUUUUUUUAAUAGGUUCUCAAGUUAGUUGUUGCUUCAAUUCAUGUACCCCCAACAUGAUGACUUUUAAAAUGUUUCCAGUUCCAUUUCCAUGGCAAGAGAUAUGGUAGAUUCUCUUUGU